AUGCCGACCAAACGCGUGAAGGGCAAGAAGAAGCUCAAGUCCAUCAAGGCCAAGGUCACGGACUCGAUGAGCAGCAAGCGCCGGCUGUCCCGGUUCGGCAAGGAGCAGCGCAAGGGCAUGCGCGGGUCGGCCGCGAAUUACAUCACGCGCACGCAAGCGCUCAAGCGGCUGCAAGUGACGCUGAAAGACUUUCGUCGACUGUGUAUCCUGAAGGGCAUUUACCCGCGCGAGCCCAAGAAGAAGGUGUCGGGCAAGGACAAGACGUACUACUACCUCAAGGACGUGAUGUUCUUGGCGCAUGAGCCCGUGCUGAAGAAGUUUCGCGCGUUCAAGACGUUCAUGAAGCAGGUGACCAAGGCCAUGGGUCGAAAAGACUAUGAGAACGCCAAGCGCAAGCACGAGAACCGCCCGACUUACGAGCUCGACCACAUUGUCAAGGAGCGGUAUCCGCGCUUUGUCGAUGCACUGGGCGAUCUGGACGACGCGCUUUGUCUGGUGCAUUUGUUUGCACUUAUGCCUGCCGGCCACGGCAUCCACGCAGACGCCACGAGCAUGUGCUUGCGUCUCGUGCGCGAAUGGCAGAACUACAUUGUGGCCACUCGGGCGCUUUCGAAGGUCUUUGUGAGCAUUAAGGGCAUCUACUACCAAGCAAAUGUGCAAGGCCAGACCGUCACGUGGCUGGUGCCGCAUCAGUUUACACCAACAGUCGACAAACGCGUGGACGUGCGGGUGAUGCUCACGUUUUUGGAGUUUUACGAAGUGCUGCUCAAGUUUGUCAACGCGCAGUUGUACAUGCAGAUUGGAGUGGCGUAUCCGCCAAAGAUCAACUUGCAGCUGGAUUCAGCUGGUGCUCAACUUGCUGCGAUUGAAUUGGAAAGAGUGCAGAAGGUGAAGGUGAACGAAAGUGGGGAGAAGGAGGAGGUGCAAGACCGUGUCGAAAAGAAGACGGAGAAGAACGAGAUCUCCAAGGACGUGUUGCAGCAGCAGAAGGAGUCGGAGAAGCGGAUCAAGACCCUUGGCAGCGCGAUUGCAAACGAGGACAGCAGCGCCGUGGAGGAGUACGAAGAAGAAGAAGCGAACGAAGCGUCGUUUGGCGCAAUGAGUGAGCCGCUUGAGGCUGCUUUUGCGUCGAACGAGCUGGCUGCCCAGAUCUACAGUGAGCAACGCAAGGAGCGCAGUGAGAAGAGUCUGUUCAGCGGGCUGACGUUCUUUUUGUCCCGUGAGGUACCUUCGGCUUGCUUGGAACUAGUGCUGCGCUCGCACGGCGCUACUCUUGGCUGGGAUGGCGCUGGUUCUCCUUUUGAUGAGAAAAGUCCACGCAUCACGCACCACGUCAUGGAUCGUCCGCACCAGGGUCAUCGCUACUUCAAUCGCGAGUACGUGCAGCCGCAAUGGGUGUUCGAUUCGGUGAACAAUGGCAUCUUGUUGCCUCUCGCGCGAUACGUGCCUGGCGCAGAGCUUCCGCCCCAUCUCUCGCCGUUUGUGAAUGACGAACAGGAGGGCUACACCCCGGAGUACCGCAAGGAGCUGGACAAGCUGAAAUCGGCUGUGCAGGUGCUGCGCGAGGUCGGUGCAAUUGGUGACGACGGGGCUUUGAGCUCUGAUGAAGAGGAUGCCGAGGAGCAAGAGGAAGUGUAUGCUGCUGACCUGAAGGCUGAGAUGAAUGGCGAAGCGGGUGGAAAGGAAGAUGGCGACAGCGAUGAAGAAGAGGCGGAAGAAGAGGAGGAGGAGGAGGAGACGACUGCGGAUGGAGAGGAGGAAGAAGAGAGUGAGGACGAAAAGGAGGAGCAAGAAGAAAAGUCAUUGUCGACGAAGCGCAAGGCUGACGUCGUUUCGACUGACAAGAAGUCAAAGCGCGUCAAGAAGGAGGAAGAAGCGGCCGAGCUGAAGGAAUUGGCCAAGACCAUGAUGUCGAAGAAGGCCAAGUAUUUGUACGACCGCAUGCAGUACGGUCUGGGCAAGAAGGCCGACAAGAUCCAGAAGCUCGAGGACAAGCGUGCCAUGCUUGAUGCGGAGAAGGCGAAGAGCAAAGAAGGCGAAGCGAUGUCGAGCAAGAAGGGUGGUCUCAAGAAGCGCAAGCGGAAGACCAAGGGCAAGAGCGCCAAUUAG